GGCCGCGUGCGUCACAACCCGGGCGCCUGCCGCGCCCGUCCAGCUCGCCAGCCCGUCGGUCCCCGCGGCGGCGGCGGCGGCGGCGGCGGUGGCGGUGGCUGCGGCCGGGUGACAGCACCAGCGGCGCCAGGCUGGCUUGGUAGCAGAAGGGUCGCGCGGCCCGCACAACAAACGCAGACCCGGCCGAAACAAGGCGCGGCGCGAGGAAGGCCGAGGCGGGCCGCGCGGGAGACCGCGGGCGCCGAGUGACAGGCCGACGUGAGGGAGUGCGCAGGUUGCAGCCGCCGGCGGCCCCGACCCGCCAGUUCCCUCGGACGUCGCCGGCAUGAGCCACAUCCAGAUCCCGCCGGGGCUCACGGAGCUGCUGCAGGGCUACACCGUGGAGGUGCUGCGGCAGCAGCCGCCCGACCUCGUCGACUUCGCGGUGGAGUACUUCACACGCCUGCGCGAGGCCCGCGCCCAGGAUUCAGACACGCUCAUCGCCACCCCGACGACCUUUCACGCGCAGGAGUCCAGCGCGGUCGCCUUCGUCGAAGAGGACGGGAAGAGUGACACCGACUCGGACGAUCUGAACCUGGAAGUUCCGACACCUAGCAGAUUUACUAGAAGAGUGUCAGUCUGUGCAGAAUCCUAUAACCCUGAUGAAGAAGAGGAAGAUAGUGAUCCAAGGGUGGUUUAUCCCAAAACUGAUGAGCAGAGAUGCAGGCUUCAGGAAGCUUGCAAAGAUAUUCUUCUUUUCAAAAACCUUGACCAGGAGCAGCUUUCUCAAGUUCUCGAUGCCAUGUUUGAAAGGAUAGUCAAAACUGACGAGCAUGUCAUUGACCAAGGAGAUGAUGGAGACAACUUUUAUGUCAUAGAACGGGGAACCUAUGACAUUUUAGUAACAAAAGAUAAUCAAACACGUUCUGUUGGUCAGUAUGACAACCGUGGCAGUUUUGGAGAACUAGCUCUGAUGUACAAUACCCCGAGAGCUGCUACCAUUGUCGCCACCUCAGAAGGCUCCCUUUGGGGAUUGGACCGGGUGACUUUUAGAAGAAUCAUAGUGAAAAACAAUGCAAAAAAGAGGAAGAUGUUUGAAUCAUUUAUUGAGUCUGUGCCACUCUUUAAAUCACUAGAGAUGUCAGAACGAAUGAAGAUUGUGGAUGUGAUCGGAGAAAAGUUCUAUAAGGAUGGAGAGCGAAUAAUCACUCAGGGUGACAAGGCUGACAGCUUUUAUAUUAUAGAGUCCGGGGAAGUGAGCAUCUUGAUUAAAAGCAAGACUAAAUCGAACAAGAACGGUGGGAACCAGGAAGUUGAGAUUGCCCACUGCCAUAAGGGGCAGUACUUUGGAGAGCUCGCACUGGUCACCAAUAAACCCAGAGCUGCUUCUGCCUAUGCGGUUGGAGAUGUCAAAUGCUUAGUUAUGGAUGUUCAAGCAUUUGAGAGGCUUCUGGGACCGUGCAUGGACAUCAUGAAGAGGAACAUCUCACACUAUGAGGAGCAGUUGGUGAAGAUGUUUGGCUCCAACUUAGAUCUGAUGGAUCCUGGGCAGUAGAUGCGGUGAAUGUCAGAGCCUUCUCAGUGUGACACCAAAACCUUCCAGUCAGCCACAGAACACACAGAAAACAGACACGACAGAACCGGUCCUGCUGCUGUCACGGCUGCUGCCAUUGCUGUGGUUAAAGGCAUUUAGAAAUCUUGAAAGUCAGCACUGAAAGAUGGACAGAGGCUCCACCCACACCUCCACUUUGCUUCUGAAAGCCCAUCAUUAGACCACUUAUGUAACGAUUCCUUCAACCCAGUUUUCACAUUUUUGGUUCAGAAUGGCAUGUCUCUCCAGCAAUUUAAGUGCCUGAUACAAAGUCCAAAGUGUAAACAUCCUCCUUUCCUCCUUGCUGCUAAUGUUUGCUUCUGAAAGUUACCCUAAGGUCUGCAGAAACCUGUUGAAUAACUGUAGACACCGCCGUAGUCCUUCUCAAGAGAGGGAUUGGUACAGCCUUCUAUCUCCUCGUUUGUCUGAGAAAGUCCACAGUGUGUUCACAAUUGCUGCUUUUGCUUUCCCAGUGGAAAAUGGUGGCAAUUAUAAUGGAGCCUUGUGCCCCAGUGGCCCUGUACUGUCUGCCAGCAGCUGCACACCAUAGAGUUGUGUCCAAGACCAUAGUGAUGCCCAGAAAAAGGCCUGUUGAAGGCCCAGCAGGUCCAUGCAGAGCAGACUGAUGGCUUAGAUUCACAUUAGCAGGAAACGGGCUCAGCACUGUUUCCAGCCGUAAAGAGCCAGGAAAGGUUAGCUGGGUUAGGGAUUUGCUGUUUGUUUUUAGUAAGUUUUGUUUUGUCUUUUUCUAACCUCUGUGCAAUUUGCAUUAACAAAUUGUCCAUUUCUGUGGGGCAAAUGGGAGUUGGUUAGCUCAGCUGCUUAGAGCGUGGUGCUCCUACAAGGACAGGGUCUGGAGGUGUUAUCAGGUUACCUGACCUGAGUGUUCCCUGAGCAACCCUUGCCAUGUCUUGGUGGCAUUGCUGCACUGACAGCAGGUUGUGCUGCGCAGAGAACCUUUUCCAGCUCCUUCCAGCAUUGCUGCAUAGCUUGGCUAGUGAGCAUCAACUUUUAAACUCUUAAGAAGCUAACUUUUUUUUAAGGAAAUUAUUUCUCUAUUUAGGGGAUUCACCUUGGACAUAUUCCUAUACAUGUAGUUUGUCAACUAACUGACUCAGACAUUUGUCCUAAAUCUCUCUUUCCAAAACUUGGUAUCACUGGGACAGGGGUGGGCAAGGCUCAGUGGCAGAACACUUAUGUAGCAUGUGCAAGGCCCUGGGUUUGCUGUCCAACACCAUAACAACCACAGGAAGAAAGGGUACCAUUUAUAAACAUUGACUUACUGUGAAGGCCUUUCUGUCUCUCUCAGCUUCUGCCGUGGUCACUGGAGCCAAGAAAUGUCCAGAAUAGAUGAGUCACCACCAUUUUGGUAAUUACUCACAUUUUCUGUGUCCCAUGGAGUAAAGCAGGCUCUGCAGACUGCCCUAGGAGCUGCUACAGCUCUAGGAAUUGUUCGGUUGUAACUGCUACUCCAAAGCAGGCAGCUAGCACUGGAAAACCUUUGUGAUCCCAAAUUUUCCUAAGGUCCUUUUCUACGGUAUUGCUUUCUUAAAUAAAUCAGACCUUGUACUUUGACUGAAUAAUACCUGAUUCUUGCCAAGGUAAGAGGUGCAUUGGGCUCCAGGAGCAGCCCAAAAGCCCAGCCCUCAGACCUUAGAAGGACUCUGAAACCCCACCUCAGCCUCCAUGCCAGCAUGAGUUAGGGCUGGCUGUGAAUCUCAUGCCGAAGAUAUUCCUACAGGCUGCCCUCACAUCCCUGUCUAAUCUUCAGAGUACCCCUUGUCACCCUCCUGCUCCCUUACAGAUUAGACGUCAUCAGGUAUAAGUUCUGCUGUAAUUACUGAUGGAACCCUCUCUGCAGUGUGACCCCUGUGUUGGGGGCCUGGGAGAGAUUCCUCUAGUCAAGGAACUAGUGGGAGCCACGAGAGACAUAGCUGCUACCACAGUGCCAGGACCGACAGUGUUCCAGUUCUCUGCCGCUCAGAGACUCAAGGUCACAGUGUUCUCAUGCCAGCAACCCCUACUGCCGACAGUUGAGCCCCAUAGGGCAGGGUGUCCCCUCUGUUAGUGCACACUUCUGAGGAUUAGAGCUCUCCCCUCUUCCCUGGCUUUGCUGUGGACUUAGGCUGAUAGAGAAUAGUCCUCACAGCCUGGAGGUCCAACUGCAGGAUUUUCUCCUUUCUGUGCCCAGCUCUGCCCUCUCACUCUUCUCUCAAUUAAAUUCUUUGCAGGACGGACUUUUGUGUUCUUGUCCUCUGACUUCAUCGUUUUCAUAAAGAAUUCUGUGUCCCUGAUACAGAGUCUCAGAAAUCAGCAUUGAGCAGUAUAGCGAGCAAAUUCAGCAGCAAAGUGGCUAAAAGAAAAGAGUUCUCCAGCUGGACAGGUCCAGAUUCUCUGCUCGUGACGGUGGAGCCGUUAGGUGCUGCUGGCACCCUGGUGCCUGGGCACACAGUGUUUUAUGGCAUAUCACAGCCUUCGUUUUUAAAAGAUGAAAGCAUUUUGCACAGAGAAAGAAAAGGACCCAUGAAUGUCAUCUUUUAUCUUUCUUGGUCAGUUGAUACUGAAAUUUUUGUUUUUGAUACACAUUUGUAAGCCAAUCUCGCCAAGUUCUGAGUUUUGAUUUUCACUACGAUUACCUCUUAUUCCUCCUGUCUUGACUGCUGACGUUCCUCCGUGAUUCUAAUGUCUAUUUUAUGGGAAGCAGCCUUCCCAGGGGUUUCCUAUUACACACUGCAGGGCUAUCUUUAUACUUAAAAAAAGAAUGAAAACUGUCGCUCACCUCAUGGGGGAUUUGCAGAAAACCAUUUAGCCCACCUUGAGCAAAGGUUAGAUUCCUUGGGUUUUGUUGUUUUGUUUUUAAUUCAUUGUAAUAAAAAAAUCCAACUAAGCAUUAUUGUGCUACCUCAGAGGUAAAUACAUUCUAAGGUCAUCUUUUGGUCCUGAGUUCUAUACAUGUUGUUUAAAAUGUCUUUCAAUUGGAAUUAUUUUUUAAAUUGUUGGGGUGAAUCUUAUUUUAACCUGUUUACACUUGUGUUUUAAUCUCAAAAUAAUAUAUAUGAUUGGAAAGCAAACAAUUUUUGAUCUAUGGUGUUGAAUAUAAAAUUAAAAGUUACUGAGAAUUAAUCAUUGUUUGCUAUAAACAAGGUUGAGGGGUUUUUUGUUUUGUUUUUAAAGGAAACUCUAGGGCUCGGCUUCACUCUUGAUUAAUAAAGGCUGACAAAUCAUGUA